AUGCUUGAAGUGGAGCAGAUCGACCCACCCUCAACAAGCUCAGCAAGAAGCAGUUCACCUGCCCCCAAAACCUCACACUCCAUACGGAAAAAAUUCAAGGGCAAAUCCCGGAUCCAGCGCCUGGCCCUGGUCAAUACCGAAUUUGCGUUCAAUUUGUACAGGAGCUUGCUGAGGUCGCAGCCAAGUGCCCAGAAUGUGGUCUUCUCCCCGUUCGGGGUCUCUAGCAUGAUGGCGAUGGUGAUGUUGGGGGCUGGCAACAGGAGCCAGGACCAGAUCUCCCGGGCGCUGGGCUUUGACCAGUUCGUCAGCCCCAAACCGGGGCGCGGUGGCGAGGUCCUGCACAAUGUCUUCCACAAGCUCAUCCACAGGCUCUUCAGGCACCGCUUCGGAUACACCCUGAAGGAAUUCUCCGGCGUCUACGUCAGGGAUGUCCUGAAGAUCAGGAAAACCUUUGCGGAGGGGUUAAAACAGUUCUACUGGGCACACGCAGACUCUGUGGACUUCUCCGAUCCCCACACCAUCACCAAGUUCAACCAACUCAUAUCAAAGGCCACCAAGGGGAAGCUCCAGAAUAUGGUGGAGGACAUUGACCCCCAGACAGUGAUGCUCAUCUUCCAGGCACUCCACUUCAAAGGCUCGUGGGAGCACAAGUUUAUUAAAAGCAAGACGGCCAUGCUCAAUUUCCACACCAGCAGGACAUCGAUGGUGAAGGUGCCGAUGAUGUAUGUGAGAGCCAGCAUGCUUGCCGCCACGGAUCACGCCCAUGAGUGCGACGUUAUCAGUGUCCCAUACAGUGGCAACGCCAGCAUGUUGGUUGUGGUCCCCUACAGAACCACUGGCCUGAGGCACAUCGAGAGGGAACUCAGCUGGGAAAUGGUUGACGGAUGGCUCAAGGACAUGACAAACAGGACAAGAGAGAUCUAUAUUCCAAAGUUCACUCUACAAGGCAACUAUGAUUUAAUUGAAAUGUUUCAAGACCUGGGUGUGAUGGAUGUCUUCCAGAAUCAAGCAGAUUUGUCUGGUGUAUGUGAAGAGGGGAACUUGCACAUUAGCACGCUGAAGCAACGUGUGGCACUGAACGUGGAUGAAGAAGGAAGUGAAGCAGCCUCUGUCUCGCUCUCCGGGUUCAUGCCACUUUCCACGCAGGCCAAAUUCAUGGCUGAUCAUCCCUUCCUCUUCCUCCUCCUGGAGCAUCACACUAGAUCGCUGCUCUUCAUGGGGAGAGUAGUGAACCCUUUAAACCAAUAAAAGGGAGGCAACACCAGUGAGAUGAUGUAAACUCCAGCAGGAGUAAACUCCACCACAGUACCAUGCCAAACAGAGAGCCAAGAAUAUUUCCCCAAAUUAAUCACAUCCCAAAUUAUUUGUUCAAUUUUCAUGGUUCAUUCUUAAUGCCUAUUAUUUGUUUUAAUGUUCAGUCGAUUGCAUGGCUGAAGCCUAUUACUUGUCUAUCCAUUAAGUAAUACCCUGCCACAUUUAAACUGGCUAGUACGAGAACUGCUGCCUCACAAUGCCAGAGACCCUGGUUCGAUCCUGACCUCAGGUGUUUUUUGUGCAGAGUUUGCAC